CGAACGCGACUUUCACGCUCUUGUCGAUGCCGGAAGCUAUGCCUGUGCCGUGUGCCGGAUGUCGAGCCCGCGGAUCGCUCCGAUGCCCAUCAUUACCAUCGCAUCGUUCUAAGACGCUUCUUGUUGUGUCUCUCCUUAAGCCCCUACCAGCCAUGUCACAAUACAGAAGCCAUUCAGAGUUCGUACGGCCAUCGUAUCGCAAGAGCUUGGAAGAGAAAACCGACGACGUGGCUGCGGGAGCCUCAACGCUAUCCGUCGCUCGGUUCGGACUACACUACACCCAAGGUCGCCGGAGUCAGUCACACUUUUACACCUCGGCAUGAUAGAUCAUCCCUCUGGCAUACCAUCUCUUGUAGGUUCCUGCAUGCAUGCUUAGCGUACACAAGCUCAGUUGCUCGCGAAGGGAGAUGAUCCGUGCGUGGUUGGCUCCAUCUAUACCGGCUAAUUCCUACUGGACAAUGAGUAGUAAUGUACCACACUUACCAGCCUGUGAUCAUGAGAUGGUAUGUUAUGACGUGAACUGAGCAAGCCGUUGGACUCCUGGUUCAUGAACAAGAGUUGACUAUACACCAAGCUUCGCUAGAGUGCUCGGGUAGACCGUCCUUACUACCUUGUGAGCACGAUCGUGGUAUGGGCUUCGAGGAUAGGAAUCGAAGUUUCCAGCUCUCAAUGCUGGAAGGGAAUAGAUCAGAACUCAUAAAAGCCCCUUGUGCCUGC